GGACCCAGCCGGCCGGGUGCGGCGUGCGCGCGGCGGGCGCGGUGGCGGCGACGGCGGCCGGAGGAGGGGCCGGGAGCGCGGCCGAAGGACGCCCCGUCCUCUAACUGCUGCCCCCUGGCUGAGCCGGGCGCGGCGAGGAGGCGGCGCCGCUGCCCUGACUGCGGGACUGCCCUCGGUUCCCCCCUGCCCUGACGCCAGCGCGCCCCGGGGCAGCGCCGGCGGGGCAGCGCCGGCGCCGGGGGCUCCGGGACCGCGUUGGGCAAGGAGACCGCGGGGCGCCUUCUCGGCCCCGCAGCUGUCCCGACGUGCAACCGGCGCGCGGCUGUCCAGGUCCUGCCUCGGGUAAUCCUGACCUCAUGUAGCAGGAAUUGGAAGUGUUUCCUCUUCCAUUAUUUCCUGAAGAGUUUGGAUAAACAUUACAUGUGAAGAGUGGUAAAAGGGAACAGUGAUUUCUCAAGUGGCCUGGAGAGAAAAAGCACUGGUCGGCAUCACAUGGACAGAGAUGCUCAGUGUUUCCCGAAGAUGCUGUUGAAGUAGUCUUCCUACUGCUGUGCUUCACUCAAAGUUCUUCAUAACAUGGGCUGCAUGAAAUCAAAGCAAGUUUUCGCAUUUCCUACCACAACUGAGAGUGACAAGCGGCACACAAGUGCAGAGAGCUUUAUGUCAGAUGAGAGAUUUCAACCUAGGAUGCCUUCUCAAACUAUCAGUAAGGAAGUGAAGGAACCUACAGAAUCUGAGGUCGUGGUCUUCGAAUUUGCACAUCGCCUGUCCCAGGAAAUCUUGAGUGAUGCCUUGCAGCAGUGGGCAGACAGUAACACCAAGUACUGUGACAUCCCAUUCAUUGAGAGUGAGGGGCCUUGAGGCUGUAGAAUUAUGACGCCUUCUUGAACUGUGGACAGAGUUGGUGCUAGUUUCAACACAUGAAACAAAAGCAACAUGUUGUAUGAAUAAAUAUUGAUUCCAUCUGAAUGUAAAAAUCAGUCUACGGUCAUAUCAAGAGUAUAGGAAUACCUAAUAUGUGUUUUAAGCAGUUCUGUGGUAACAGCAAUUUCUACCUGCCUGUUCUUGGAUUGUAGUCACUUAAAGGGCUAAACGUAGGUCCUGUGGCACCACACUAAUCAGCUAUGUCACAUACAGCUUCAGAUGGUAUAGGAUCACCAAAAAAAGAAAUAUUUAAAAAUGCCCCAUGUCUCCAAAUGGUUUAAAGACACUCUUUUAAAAUAAUGUGAACUUACACCAAAACCAAGAUAUGAAAAGGAUUGUUCUUGAAAUGUCUUGGCAGUGAAUGGCACUCAAGCCAUAGUGAUUAGCAGUAGCUUUUGUUUGUCCAAACCAUUCGUGUUAAGGAUCCCUACUUCUUAACGCAAAUGAUCAAGCAUUAGAAAGCAACCCACAUAGAAGAGAUCCACCUUGACCCUCAGGGCCCCAAGUACAGCUGUUAUUGGAUGGUUCACACUUUUUGUAUAAGGCAUCUCAACAAGACACAAUUUAUAGAAGUCAUGGCAUUAAUGUUUAUCACAUUGAAUUAAGCCCAGUGAUAUAGUAAUAUAACUAUACAAGCAAACAAGUUUGGGUACCUUUAUAAACAGCAACCCAAUAAAUUUUAAAACAACAGAAGCCCUAGUUGGCAAGGUAAAAAAGCAUGAUCAGGUCUCCAUGCUGAAUGUGUAUUAAGAUUUGCUGUCUCAAAGAUGUGGAGGGUUGUUUUAUUUUUUUUUAUGGUAACAAUGACCACAGGGCAUUUACAGCCAUAUACUAUUCUAUUGUCAUAAACUUGGCCUUUUUAGGAAUCUUUUUUUAAGAACAAGAAUUUAGUACUGUUUGAGAUCACUAGUGACAAAAAAUUUAGGAGAGGGGAGAAGAUACUAAGAUGUAACUUGUAGGAAGAUUGGGAAUCAGUCUCUAGAAUUAUCUUUACAUCAAGAUUUUGCUACACAUUGAGUUUAACUGGAAAGGGAAUUAUUUAAGCCCAUUUGCAUCAGAUCCUUUUGUUAAGAUACAACAGACUCUCCUCACUGAAAUCUAAAGGGAGGUGGAGAAAGAGGAAGCCUUGUGACCUCUUUAAAGAAAUAAAUAUGCAUUUGGCCUUUUAAACAGACAGAAAUGCUACCUCUAAUUUUAACAAUUAUACUUUGGAACCCACAAUCAAAUAGCGUGAAUUCUCCAAGUUAUUUGGGCAAAGAAAAUUCUUUGAAUUGAGUGAUGUGCUUCUUCCAUUGCCUUUGGACGUCUGGUCAUUCGGCUUUCCCUUCACCUAUUCCCAGGCCAUCUUAGCAACCGAAAAGAUGGAAAAACCACCACCCCUGUUUAUAUAAGGCUGGGAACAGAAAGUUUCCUAAAACUGUAAAACAUAUUUCCAGCUCAUCAAGAAAAAUUUAGGUUUUUGAGUGUUAAUACUGAGUCAGACAAACACCUAGAUGUUGCUGUUUUUCAUUCAUUUUAUCUCUCAGGACACUUGUGCUGCAAGGUCAGUUGUAAUACAUAUUAUGGUGAGAACACAAAGCCAUAUACAACAAGCAGCACACUGCACUAAAAUUUUCAGCACACAUAGGGACAUAGGCUACUGGGUUUUGGUUAUAUCUAAUUAUUUUAAUCUCAGGUUCCUCCUCUGCCCUGGGUUCCUGUUUCUCCAGGGGUGUGGGAUGUCUUCCAGAUCUGAACCUGGCUGGAAGUGUAAAUUCUGUUGCCACCCUCUCUGACACUGUGGCAGUACAGUUUUGUCACCAAGCACUACCCCCUCCUCCC